AUGUACGGAAUAUGGAAUGCCAUCCUAGCCCUGCAGUUUCCUGUUGCCCAGGGAUACAUAAUCCGUCCCCAAGACCGGCAUACCUCCCAGAGUGGCGAACAGGGCUUUUCAGAUCUUCACGUCUUCCAAUAUCGCAACAAUGCCACUAACGCCGACAAAUUCCUCAUUGUGCAAUGCAAAAGGGCUGGCACCGAAACCCAGAACGCUGUUUGGGAGCAAGCCGUUGAUCAAUUGAGUCGGUACUUGAGCGCCACACACGGUAAACGUCGGCCCGCAGCUCGGACUCCUGUCUAUGGAAUAGCUGCUGUUGGCCGGUAUGUGCGCGUGUACAAGUACAACGAUGUCAACCAGAUGGUUCUUAACUGGGUACCAAAAGGUAUGCGUUGGAAAAUGUGGAAUUUGAAGGAUCAUCCUCAGCAAAUCCAGCGAAUUCUGGAUCACAUACUCAAUAACCACUAG